UAAAAUUUUAUUUACAUUUGAAACAACGGAAUAAGAUGAUUGUCAUUUAACAAGUUAAAAUUAAAUGAUGAACAUGACAAAAAAAUCGGAAAUAUUAAAAAAAAAUAAAAGUGAAUACAAAAGUAUAAAGGGAGAAUUUUUGGAAGAUGAAAAAAAUUUUGAAAAAGGAAAUCGACAUCUUCAAUAUUUAGCUUCUAUUAGUGUAUCAUUAUUGUCAAUGACAUGUGGAACAAUAUAUACAUGGACAUCGCCAGCAUUGCCUUAUUUAAGAAGUAAUAAUUCAGAAAUUACAUUAAAUGAAACACAAAUUGUAUGGAUAGCAACAUUACCUGAUAUUGGUGCAUUUUUUGGUAAUGUGGCAAUGAUAUUUGCUUUAAAAAAUUUUGGACGAAAAAAUUGGAUUUUAUUUUUAGGCGCACCACAUAUAUUAUUAUGGUUAAUGAUAAUAUUUGCCAAUGAUAUUUAUAUGUUGUGUAUACCACGUUUUAUAAGUGGUGUAAUUGGUGAUCUUGGAUUUAUGUUAUUACCAAUGUAUAUUGGUGAAAUUGCCGAUAAAGAUAUACGUGGUGUAUUAUUAUUGUCAAUUAAAUUAUUUUCAAAUAUUGGACAUAUGUAUGUAAAAACAAUUGGUGCAUUUUUUUCAUUUCAAAUAUUGAAUAUAAUGAUGUUAUUUGUGCCGUGUUUAUUUUUUAUAACAUUUCUAUUUAUGCCCGAAAGUCCAUAUUAUUUAUUAUUAAGAAAUGAAAAUGAUAAAGCAUUAAAGUCAUUGAUGAAAUUAAAAGGUGUAAAAAAUGAGAAAACAGUGAUAAUCGAAUUGAAAAGAAUUCAAAAUGCCAUUGAUGAAACACGUGAAAAUAAAAAAUGGAUGUUUCGUGAAUUAUUUUUUGUUAAAGGUAAUAGAAAAAGUUUAAAAAUUGUACUUAUUGCAUGGUUAACAAAAUUUUUGUGCGGUGCAACGGCUAUUAAUUCAUUUACACAGGAAAUAUUAGAAGCAACGGAAAUUGAUAUAUCACCAAAAAUUUGUGCAAUGAUACUUGCUAUUAUUGAAGUAGUAUUAACAUUAUCAGCAACAUCAAUUAUUGAACGCGCUGGUAGAAGAUGGACAUUUUUAUUGUCUGGUUUAUUUUGUACAUUAGGUUUAAUAAUGGUGGGAUUAUUUUUUUUCUUAAAAUUAACAAUUAAUGUUAAAUCAUAUUCAUGGUUACCAUUAAUUGGUUUAAUUAUUUAUCAAAUUUCCUUUUCAAUGGGAAUUGCAUAUAUUCCAAUUAUAAUGUUAGGCGAAAUGUUUUCAAUUGAUGUUAAAAUGCCAGCAAUGUUUUGUCUUAAUGUUUCAAUGAGUUUACUUUUAAUUGGUAUUAAAGUUGCAUUUCAAAAAUUAAAUAAUAUCAUUGGAAUUUAUACAAUGUUUUGGAUAUUUGGCAUUUGUUGUAUUUUAGGAUCAAUUGUAUUUUUUAUAAUAACACCUGAGACUAAGGGUAAGACACUUGAAGAAAUUCAAGAUCGUUUACAUAAAAAAGGAAGUGUGAUAAAUAAAGAAAUUAUUAUAUCAUCCGAAGUAUAUUAAGUAUUAUGUUGUUGUUUUUUUUUCUUCUUCGUACUACCUCAUGAGAUUUUUCAUCGUUAUUGUAUUUAAAUUAUUUUCAAGUUUAUUAAAAAUAUUUUUGUCA